GAGAAUUCUUACAACCACAUGCGAGGAUGCACCCCUGACAAAGUCUGCAAGGCUGUGUGUAAGGUCAGCUGCAGUCUCAAACAACGUGUGAGGUCCUGGUUGGGGCCAAUUCCAGCACAGAUACGAAAUCCUCCGCAGCCCAACGCCCGGGCUCUGACGCUUCUUUCUCGCGCGGAGACGAGGGUCUCUGCCGGGCUUUUCGGCUGGUUUGAAAAGAUUCUCCAGACGGAUCUUUGUUGGGCCAUAGAGCAGAAACCCUCCAAGGAGAAGCUACACAGAAUAAAGGAUUUGAGCCCCCCAGAGACCACCAAGGCGAGGUCCUCCGGGGUCCAGAGCGUCCCAGAAUUGGGGGCGGGAACUCCUGGAGGCGGAGCACUUCCGGCCAACGCGCGGGCGGUCUCCUCCCGCUCGCAAGGUCCCAGGUGCAUACUCCUUGAGCAGGUCUCAGGAAGAUGGCAACCUUAGAGGACGUUGAGGAGUCUGCUCCUGUCCUGUCACCCAGCAGUCUGUCAUCACCGGGGACACCUGGAAACCAGCACCAUGUGCAUCCUCACGGCUCCCCCUGUUCCAGUCCCGAGGCAGCAGACCUGGACCUUCAAGACAUAGAGGAAGUGGAAGUCAGCAGAGACACCUGGCUUGACUCUGAGUGGGAGCCUAAGAAGACUCCAGCCUCUCUCAGUUCCCACAGUCCUGGAGAUGGCCUGGCCUCAGAUGGAAGGGCUCUGAGGGGCCUCUUGAAGAGCCUCCCCAGCAUGUCUAAUUGUGGGGACAGCUUUGGCCAGGAAUGUACCGUGGAGCAGUCAGCAGGCCUGCCUCCAGGGACCCUGCCCUGCUCUCAGAAAAGGGACACUUGGCACAUGGUGCUCGUGCCACAGGGAGCCCAAGGGGCCGAGGACAGCGCCAAGAAGGCUGCCGAGCUGGGCAGUAGUUUGGGGCGCAGCUGCCGGCAGGCCGGCCCACGGGGCGCCAAGCCGCACCGCUGCGAGGCCUGUGGCAAGAGCUUCAAGUACAACUCUCUGCUGCUGAAGCACCAGCGCAUCCACACCGGGGAGAAGCCUUACGCCUGCCACGAGUGCAGCAAGCGCUUCGGGAGCUGGUGGGGCUUCAUGCAGCACCACCGCAUCCACACGGGCGAGAAGCCCUAUGAGUGCGGCCAGUGCGGCCAGGCCUUCAGCCACAGCUCACACUUCACGCAGCACCUGCGCAUCCACAACGGCGAGAAGCCCUACAAGUGCGGCGAGUGCGGCCAUGCCUUCAGCCAGAGCUCCAACCUGGUGCGGCACCAGCGGCUGCACACCGGGGAGAAGCCGUAUGUCUGCAGCCAGUGCGGCAAGGCCUUCAUCUGGAGCUCCGUGCUCAUCGAACACCAGCGCAUUCACACCGGCGAGAAGCCCUACAAGUGCGAAGACUGCGGCAAGGCCUUCCGAGGUCGGUCACACUUCUUCCGGCACCUGCGGACUCACACGGGUGAGAAGCCCUUCGCCUGUGGCACCUGUGGCAAGGCUUUUGGCCAGAGCUCCCAGCUCAUCCAGCACCAGAGGGUGCACUACCAUGAAUAGCGCACACACCAAUAAAGUUUGUGGGUGAACCUGCUCCUCUUGAGAUGGGGAUGCUUUACCGGUACAUGGCAGGACAUGUCCUGUGUCCAAGUAUGGUGGCUAAAGGAACUGUUUUGUGCUAGGCAUCCAUCUUGGUACCCACCAGCCAUCUGUCUCUGACUCCAGUCCCUGAAGAUAAGUUCCCAGUAACCCUGACGCAGUGACCUCCACCCAAAAGUGCACAGCCGUGACAUCUACGCAUCAUGAUAUGACUAACUGCUCUUUGGCUUCUGUGACCUGCUUAUGCAGACAUGUGAGGACUAUUUGAGUUCUCCUUGGCUACCUAAUCUUGGCAGAGCAGAACGGCUCCUGGCUUCUGUGUGCAGAUACUCAAGGUCUUGUGGGUUUUGCCUUAAGAAUCCUCCCCUCACCCCCUUCACCCAGCAGCCUCAAGUCUGGCUCAGAGACUGCUGUCCUGCUAGCAGUAUCAAUAAAUUGAACUAAUUAUAAUCCAGAUUGAGUCCGUGGUCUUUUCCUGGGGGUCUAGAACCCUAAGAGUCAUUUGGGGCUGAGCCCUGAAACUAAGGAGUGGUCAGGUCUGCCCACAGCCAGAAUACCAUGGAAUGGAGCUCCUGAGGGCGGGUGAGUGUGUGGAGCAGAUGACAGCCUGCCCAGAGGUGCCCACAUUCUCUAAGCUAAGCUGCCCUCCAUCUUGGUGUAGGAGCCUAUCAUUGUGUUCCUUUACAAAACUGAUUCUGGUUAUUUUCUAAACAUAGCAGGCUGUCCCCUGCUCGGUCCUUAUGCAUUUGCCUCUUUAUCCCCUUGCACCCCCAGUGAAGAGGCUGCAUAUUAUCUGGUUCUAGAUUUGUCACACUCCAGAAAGUUCUACCCAGUCAAGCAGCUGUGUACAAUUUUCACAGAGGUGUGCCUUUUCCUUCAUCUAGUUGACUAGACUGGCCCUGGUUACUGCUGCCCAGCAAUGAAGCCGUCUGGCUAAGCACAGAGGCCGUGGGUAGCGCCUGUGUGCCACGGUGGACUCACGGGCAUAAUCACCCCUUGACAGUAGGCAUAGCCUCCGACCGUGGAAAGUCUGCAGCCACUGAGGGGUAGAGGGUGGAACUGAGCAAGGCAGGGCAGGGCAGGGCUCCAGCGCCUCUGGCAAGCAAUGGGCAGCCCAGGAGUUGGGGAUGGGGGGGGGGGCAUAGAGCAACUGUGGAAGAGUUGGACCCUGCUCACUGAGUCCUGUAAUUGUGGCUGCUUCUGGCACAUAUCAGCCAUUGUGCCAGCAUCCCAGGCCUGGAGAGCCAACAACAACCACCACGCUCUUCUGGAGUCCUCUGGGCUUGCCAGGGACUCAACAUGGAAAGCUGGGACUUCGCUUUAAUCCCUGGAGCAGGGCACAGCACUCCAGGGAUGACAGUGGAACAGAGGAGCAGACAGCUGCUGGGAGCCCAGGCAACGCGUGCUAAAAAGACAGAAGGCACAGAAACUCAAGGAGCAGGACCAGAAUGGAAGAAUACAAGGUUGGGAAACAGAAGCAGAAAGACACAAACCGAAAUUUAUAGAUGGGCAGGGGUACACUCAGUGAUAAAAUGUGUGCCUGCCAUGUUUAAGUCCUAGAUUCCAUCUCAAGCGUGGCUGAGGUAGGAGCUGAUAAGGCACAGCUGUAACCAU